GAAUCCCAUAGCCAUAAUGCCAUAAUCCCAUACCUUACCUUAUCCCACCACAUAAUUGAAUUUCCAAUCAAUUGGAGGCUUACCCAAAGGGAAACAGAAACACACACUUUCUCUCUCUCACUCACACCCUCAGAUCAAAAUCAAAUAGAAUCGUUGGAUCAUCGAUCUUGGGGGAGUGGUGGUGGGAAUGGACAGCAACCAGCAAGGAACCCAACCCCAAACGCAGAACCAAACACAAGGGGGAGGGUAUCAGGGAGGUGCAGGAACACCAGGAACCGGUGCACCCUCAUUUCAACACCUUCUGCACCAGCAACAGCAACAGCUUCAGAUGUUCUGGUCCUACCAACGCCAAGAGAUCGACCACGUCAACGACUUCAAGAACCACCAACUCCCUCUCGCACGCAUCAAGAAGAUCAUGAAAGCCGACGAAGACGUUCGCAUGAUCUCAGCCGAAGCUCCAAUCCUCUUCGCCAAGGCUUGCGAACUCUUCAUCCUCGAACUCACCAUCCGCUCCUGGCUCCACGCCGAAGAGAAUAAACGGCGAACCCUUCAGAAAAACGACAUCGCCGCCGCCAUCACUCGCACCGACAUCUUCGACUUCCUCGUCGACAUCGUCCCUCGCGAUGACAUCAAAGACGACGCCGCACUCGUCGCCGCCACCGCCAGCGGCGUUCCUUACUAUUACCCUCCCAUUGGCCAGCCCGCCGGCAUCAUGAUUGGCCGUCCCGCCGUCGAUCCCGCCACCGGAGUUUAUGUUCAGCCCCCGUCUCAGGCGUGGCAAUCCGUCUGGCAGUCCGCUGCCGAGGACGCCUCCUACGCCACCGGCGGAAGUGGUGCUCAGGGUAACCUCGACGGCCAGAGCUGAGUGACAAUAAUGCAGAUGAUGAACUGUCAGGAGUUUUAAAGAUGCUGGACUUCUGCAAUAUUGCUUGGAAUUUUGAUUGCUUGCAAUUUAGAAAUGGUUUUGUUAACUAAAUUUUUACGGGAUGACAGUACGAACCUGUUAACUUGAUGGACAACAGUAUGAUUUGACUACUUAUGUACAAAAAUUUGAAACUGAUCAAUGAUCCUUCUGUGUGAAACAUGUUUGAUCAUCAGCUAAUAGACUGUUUAUUUCCUCAUGAGCGGAUACCACUCGUAUACUUGGCUAUGUGCUUCGCUCAGUCUUUGAUAUCCGGUGUCUGAUAUCUGUAGCAGUUUUUUAUUCUAUCUGUUAUGAGUAAAUGUUUUUAUUUUCCAUUUUUAUCUGUAAUUACAAUUUUCACCAUACCAGUUUUCUUGAAUUAAAUGCUGCUGAUUAAGAACUUAUAAAUUGAAUUGAUAAAGAAAUAUACAGCACUAUUUUU